AGUGCUCUUCUCUGCUGCAGCCCUCACCAGGCCCAACGCGUCCUCCAACAUGGCCUCCUACAGUUCCUCCGCCCAAACCGCCUCCUCCUACCGCCGCACCUUCGGCCAAGGCACCUACGCCUCACCCUCCCUCAACCGCUCAUUUCUGGGCCACAGCGGUGGUGCCGGGGGCCAUGCCACCUCAAGGGUCUACGAGGUGACCCGGAACAAGUCGGUGCCCGCUUACCGCGUCUCCUCCAGCUACUAUGGCGGGCCGGUGUCAGCAUCAAGGGCCUCCAUGGCACGCUCCCACGCAGGCAUGGGCGAGACGCUGGACUUCAGCCUGGCCGACGCCCUUAACCAGGAGUUCCUGACCACGCGGACCAACGAGAAGGUCGAGCUGCAGCACCUGAACGACCGCUUCGCCAGCUACAUCGAGAAGGUGCGCUUCCUGGAGCAGCAGAACCAGGCGCUGGCGGUGGAGGUGGAGCGCCUGCGCGGUCGCGAGCCAACGCGCAUCGCCGACCUGUACGAGGAGGAGAUGAGCGAGCUGAGGAGGCAGGUGGAGAUGAUGACCAAUCAGAGGUCUCGCGUGGAGGUGGAGCGGGACAACCUGGUCGAUGACCUGGACAAGCUCAAACUCAGACUCCAGGAGGAGAUGCUCCAGAAAGAGGACGCAGAAAACAACCUGGCUGCUUUCAGAGCGGAUGUGGACGCUGCCACUCUGGCUCGUCUGGAUCUGGAGAGACGCAUCGAGACGCUGCAGGAGGAGAUCGCCUUCCUCAAGAAGAUCCACGAAGAGGAGAUCCGCGAGCUGCAGACCCAGAUGCAGGAAACCCAGGUCCAAAUCCAGAUGGACAUGUCCAAACCAGACCUGACGGCGGCACUGAGGGACAUCAGAGCACAGUACGAAGGCAUCGCCGCCAAGAACAUCUCAGAGGCCGAGGACUGGUAUAAGUCCAAGGUGUCUGACCUGAACCAGGCGGUGAGUAAGAACAACGAUGCACUGAAGACGGCCCGUCAGGAGACCAUGGAGUUCAGACACCAGAUCCAAUCCUACACCUGUGAGAUCGACUCACUCAAAGGCACCAACGAGUCCCUGAUGAGGCAGAUGAGGGACAUGGAGGAGCGUCACGAACGCGAUGCCGGCGGCUUCCAGGACAACAUCGCCCGGCUGGAGGCGGAGAUCGCCAACAUGAAGGACGAGAUGGCGCGCCACCUCCGCGAGUACCAGGACCUGCUCAACAUCAAGAUGGCGCUGGAUGUGGAGAUCGCCACCUACAGGAAGCUGCUGGAAGGAGAGGAGAGCAGAAUUGCCUUGCCUGUGCAGAGCUACUCCACCCUGAGCUUCCGAGAGACCAGCCCUGAACACCAGCCGCGGUCCACUGAGAUGCAUUCAAAGAAAACUGUUCUCAUCAAGACCAUCGAGACCCGAGAUGGAGAGGUCGUCAGCGAGUCGACGCAGCACCAGAAGGACAUCAUGUAACCAUCUGCAGAACCGAAGAAGAGUGGAAACAAAAACAAAAAAAUUCCGUCCCUCACUGAGAUGGACAGAUGAAGAUAACAAAAAAAAAAAAGAUGUGCAAAUAAAACUAUAUGGAACAAGACUCUACCAAGUCAUCAGAAUGACAUGUACUGUUGUUGUCUGAGAGUUAAUUUAAUAUGUGAAUUUAAACAGGUUGGUGGUAUCAUUAAGUUUAUCAGGGGCUAUUUAUCUGUGCUUACUGGUAUAGUUCAGCUGCAUACAUACAUGUGUGGAGCUAUACGGCUGCAAAGGCUGUGUGUUAACUGAUACCUUUAAUUUUGUAAUAAUCCACAAUAUAUUAGACCUGUUGUUGACCUUGAAAGAAGAAAAACUAAGUUUGCUGCAGUAAAAUCUGAAAAAAGGAUUUUCACUUCAUGUUUAAUGUCACAGAAAAUGUUUAAUUUCACUGCAGACGAGUAAAUCUUCUACUGCAGCAUCUCAGUUUAACACCACUUUGGUCGUAAAAGUCUGCAGAUAGAUCGCCGUCCACAUCAAAAAAACGCAGUUAAGUUCACCGAUUCCUCUCUCUGCACACGAUUCACCCUCUGGUUUCCUGUUUGUCAAGGUCAGAGUCACCGGUUUCGUCCAAUCAGGAGCGUGAUGAGAACGAGGUGGGCCGCAUGUGCCUGUGUUCAUCAAGGGGAUGCAGGGAGGACAGAUGAAAAAAAAAAGAGGAGGCGAUGGAGGAGGAGAUUAAAAGAUGUCUGGAGAUGGAGAGAUAGAAAGGGGUGGUUGUGCGAGGUAGAAAAGAGUCAGAUAAAGAGAGAG